ACACACAGACUUGGGAGCUGUGGCUCUGGACAUCCUACAGGGAAUCUUCCUUGGGAUUUCUCACCUUCAGCCUUUUGGGAAUCACUUGUCACCCCCUUCAACUCCCUUGGUUCUGCCCUUCUUUUAGGCAGGUGAUCAUUAAAACCUCACUGAGCUUUUCUUUUGGUUGUGGUGAAUGUGCAGCAAUAGGGGAGCAGCCUCCAGUCAUGGACAGAGACCUGUGAAGUUCGUCCCCAUGCCGGAUUUGGGAUAAAGACCCCGCUCCUUCCCUGCAAAUCAGCUGGAAAAGUCCUGAACUCUUUUUUUUCCCCCCUCCCGUCAUUUUCGUUCUUUCUUCUCCCUCCUGCUGUGGGGGGGACUGAAGUGAGUUGCUGGAGAGGGGCAUGGAUAUUGCAACAGGUCCCGAGUCAUUGGAGAGGUGCUUCACCCGGGGCCCGAGCGACUGUGCCAAGAUGCUGGACACUAUUAAAAUGGAAGAUCACCCUCUGCGCACGGGCACUGCCACCUUAGGAGUCCUGCUCGGGGCGGAGUGCCAGCACCAGGCAGUAUGUGAGGGAUGCCAGCGACCCAUCUCAGACCGGUUCCUGAUGAGAGUCAAUGAGGCCUCGUGGCAUGAGGAGUGCUUACAGUGCACUGUGUGUCAGCAGCCCCUCACUACCAGCUGCUACUUCCGGGACAGAAAACUCUUCUGCAAGCAAGACUACCAACAACUUUUUGCUGCAAAAUGCAGUGGGUGCAUGGAGAAGAUCGCUCCUACGGAGUUUGUGAUGCGUGCCCUGGAAUGUGUAUACCAUCUAAGCUGCUUCUGCUGCUGUGUAUGUGAGCGACAGCUCAGGAAGGGAGAUGAGUUUGUACUAAAGGAAGGACAAUUGCUGUGCAAAAGUGACUAUGAGAAGGAGAAAGAUCUGCUGAGCUCUGGAAGUCCGGAUGACUCUGAUUCUGUAAAAAGUGAUGAUGAAGAUGGUGAUGUGAAGCCAGGGAAAUGUCAUGUAAAUCAGGGGAAGGGCAAUGAUGAUGGGAAAGACCCAAGGAGACCAAAGCGGCCAAGGACAAUCCUCACAACCCAACAAAGAAGGGCAUUCAAAGCAUCUUUUGAGGUGUCAUCUAAACCAUGUAGAAAGGUCAGAGAGACAUUAGCUGCUGAAACAGGACUUAGUGUCAGAGUGGUUCAGGUGUGGUUCCAGAACCAAAGAGCAAAGAUGAAGAAAUUAGCACGAAGGCAUCAACAGCAACAGGAACAGCAAAAUUCCCAGAGGCUGGGCCAAGAGGUCAUGUCCAGCCGCAUGGAGGGGAUGAUGACCUCAUAUGCCCCACUGGCACCUCCUCAGCAGCAGAUCGUCACGAUGGAUCAGAACAGCUACAGCACAGACCCCUUCCAGCAAGGACUUACACCUCCACAAAUGCCAGGUGACCACAUGAAUCCUUAUGGCAAUGACACCAUAUUUCACGACAUCGACAGCGAUACCUCGUUAACCAGCCUCAGCGAUUGCUUUUUGGCAUCUUCAGAGGUCACCUCAAUGCAAGCCAGGGUGGGGAAUCCCAUUGACCGACUGUACUCAAUGCAGAGUUCCUACUUUGCGUCAUGAGAAUUCCCUUUAUUUUUCCCACCCGUCAACGAUAAAAAAAAAAAACCAAAAUGGACCCUCAGAGAC